GUCCCCUUUCAUUCGCCGUAGAUGCAUGUUCGACCUUUGCACUCAAACCAAACGUCGUUUUAUAACCAGCGUUAGUUGUUUAAUUGUUAGCAUUUUAGACGGUUUGGUCUAAACACACUUCAUAAAAGAUCGGGGAUCAUCGAUGCAAGUGUAGGUGGGACUCCUGAUCCAGAGAACAUGUUUCGACGAAGGAUACCCUUUGCACAGAUAGCCUUUGCCACUGUGCUAGGAGUUGCUGGGGGAGUUUAUAUAUAUAGACCCAUGUUUGAGCCCCAGCACAAUAACUCUGUUCCAGAGACUUUGAGUCAAACUGAGGACAAUAGGAUGCCUGAGAGCCAAGGACAGUCUAGAGAUGGAAACAACGUGCCUGAGGGUCCUGUACAGUAUGAAAUCAAUAGAACUGUGUAGGAGAGUGUGGGACAGUCUGCGGCCUAUGCAGAAGUGGCUGUCAAGGAAUCAUUUCAUUUAAUUUGUAGUGUGGUGUGUAAAUUAGACGUGAAUUAAAUAAAAUCCCUUCUGCUACUGAAA